AUGCGCAAGCAGCCGUCGUCGACCAAGGUGUAUCCGACGGCGCCGGCCUACACCGAGGUUACGCCUGUCGUCGCGGACGCCGACCUUCCGCGUAAGUCGAGCUUGGCGCCGCCCCUUGCGGGUCACCCGGCGCGCGGCCGCGUCGCGACGCUGCGCGGGCUCGCGACGCGCCUCUUGGCGUCAACGUGGUUUGCGACCUUUAUCACGCUGGUCGUGCUUCUCAAUACGAUCACGCUCGGGCUCGUCGACUACAGCGAUCCAUGGGCUGACGGGCCCAACCCUACACUUCUGCGGAAUCGGCUCGUCGAUCAAAUGAACAACAUUAGCCUCGGCAUCUUCCUCGCCGAGGCGGUGCUCAAAGUGCUUAGCAUGGGCUUUCUGUACGGACCGACCGCGUACUGCAAGGACAGCUGGAAUCUGCUCGACCUCGUCGUGCUGCUCUCGGGAUGUCUGGGCUGGUUCUUCCAUGCCGGGAGCGUCGGGCAGCUGCGCAUUUUGCGCGUGCUUCGGCCACUGCGCACACUGCACUCGUUUCCAGGGCUCAAGGUGCUCGUCAACGGCGUGCUCUCGAGCUUGCCCGCGCUCUUUGACGUCGGCAUUCUACUCGGGUUUAGCUAUCUAGUAUUUGCGAUUCUGGGCAUGGAAAUCUGGUCCGGAACGUACCACCAUCGGUGCCGGCUCACGGAAUUCCCCGUCGUCCUCGACUUUGACGCCGGUAACGCGCCCAGCGCCGGCGCGUACCCCAACACGACGUAUCUGAGCCUCGUGUUGGACAAUCCGAAUGCCUAUCGAUGUCCGCGCAUCGACGUUGAGAGCGACAACUGGACGACGCCGCUCGACUGUUUCUGGCCGCUCAACUUGAACGACACGCAGUACUGCGGCAGCCGCGCUUGCGCGCCAGGGACGUACUGCGGCUCCAACUACGACGCGUCCGGCCGGCCCCGCUUUCGCAAUAUACUAUUCAACGGCUCACUGCUCGUCGAUAUGGCAAACGAGGGCGACUUUCUUCCGAAUCUCAACUUUGGCCUCACGAGCUUCGACACGGUCGGGUACACGCUCGUCAUCAUUGCGCAGAUCGUGACGGCGUCGGGCUGGAUGGUGCUCACGCAAAACACGCAAGAUGCCUACUCGUGGCUCGCCGCUGGUGUGUACUACAACUCGGUGCUCUUUGUCGGCAUGUGCUUUUUGCUGCAGCUCAACAUGGCCGUCAUGUUCAAUGAGUACGAAAAAGCCAAGGCGGCCCUCGACAAGGCCGCCGCGCGGCCGCUCGUGUUGAUUCGCCGGCGCAUCCAGCGGCAAUAUUACCGCCGCAUCAAGCUAGUGCCACCGUCGACGUUGCGGCGUCACGUGCGAAAUGUCGUCACGAGCGUCUGGUUCCACCGCCUCGGGCUCAGCAUGACGUUGCUCAAUGUGGCGCUGCUGGCGUCCGACCACCACCCGCAGUCGCCAACGUUCGCUGCCAACGUCGAGUUUGGCAACUUUUGUUUUCUUGUCUACUUUGCCCUUGAGAUGGCGCUCAAGAUUUACGGGCUUGGGUUCAUAGCCUACCGCAAAGACCGGUUCAACCUGUACGACAUGGUGACCAUCUUAAUCGGCGGUGUCGAGACGCUCUUACAUCCGCCGGCCUUUCUCGAUGGCACGCCCGGCGUUCGGUCGCCGUUGGCGAUUCUUCGCGCUGCACGCGCGAUCAAGCUCGCGUACUCGUGGCCGAGUCUCCAGCGACUGCUCACGGCCAUUGUCGGCGCCCUCCACGAAAUUCUCAACUUUCUCUUCUUCCUCGUGCUCUUCAUCUACAUGUAUGCGCUCAUGGGCAUGGAGCUCUUUGCGACCAAGUACAAGUUUGACGCGCGCAAUCGCCCGUCGCCCUUCAACGCGACCGACCCGAGCGUGACCCUGCACCGGGCCAACUUUGAUACGAUUCAGUGGGCGUUCUUCACUGUCUUCCAAGUCAUCACGUACGACAACUGGCCCGCCGUCAUGUACGACGGCUGGCUCAGCGCCGGUCUCGUCGCACCGUUUUACUUUGUCUCGAUCGUCAUCCUCGGCGUCUGGGUCGUCAUGAACAUGUUCUCGGCCAUCAUGGUGCAGUCCGUCAUGGAAGAUGCGAGCGCCAAAACGGCCAUGAUCGGCGACGUCGACGCCAACCUCUGCACGCGACUGCGCUUGCGCCAGCUCAAGCGCAUCCUCCGACGCCUCAUGGGCGUGACACCCGUGCUCUCGGCGCCGGCAAGGGCCGCGGACGAGUCGGUGCUUGGCCGUAAGAGCUUUGGCUGCGUUGGCCUCUCGUCACCGCUGCGCCAAGCGUGUCUCUCGCUCGUACGGCACCAGCGAUGGCAUCUGUGCGUCACGGCGAGCAUCAUGGUCUCGUGCGUCGUGACGGCGCUCGAUACGCCGCUGCUCAACCCGACUAGCGGGCUGGGCUACACCCUGACGGUCAUCAACAACACCCUCGCGAUCGUCUUUACCCUCGAGAUGCUGCUCACGAUGCUCGCUCUCGGCUUUACGGCGUAUCUCACCGACCCGUGGCGCGUGCUUGACCUCUUCAUCGUCGGAGUGUGUCUCUUGAGCUGGUCGGCCACGGGCGUGUUUGCGCAGCUGCGGGCGCUGCGGUCGCUCCGCGCCCUUCGGCCACUGCGUGUCAUCCACCGCCUUCCGCAGCUGCAGGUCGUUGUCAACACACUCUUCCGGUGCUUGCCCGACAUUGGUCGGUCGCUUCUCUUCUUUGUGUUUAUGCUGCUCCUCUUUGGCAUUGCGUGCGUCAAGUUUUUCAAAGGUAGUCUGAGCACGUGCUCGAUUAGUCCGUACGACUACCUCGACACGCCGCUGUAUUCACCGCCGCCGCCGUGGUUCCCCCCAAACUACGCGGGCGACUACUCGAUGUCGGACCUCAUGCAGUGGGACGUCAUGAGCUUUCCGCGGCCUUGGGACAACCUCACUCUUGCAUCCCAAAUGGUGCUGGCGCCGUACUGGAACGGCACGUGCCACUUUGGCGCGAUACCACCCACGUCCAAAGAUGUGUGCGAGUGCUUCAACUUGACGUGGGACCCGGUCGUGCCGCAGCGCUUUGACAAUAUUGCGCUCGCGCUCGGCUCGCUGUACGAGCUCACGACGAUGGAAGGUUGGAGCUUUGUCGCGAUAGCGGCGGUGGAUGCAACCGGUCCCGACAGCCAGCCGCUGCGCAACCACCAAGAAGGCUGGAUGGUGUUUUGGUUUCUCUUCAUGGUCAUCGGCGCGUUCUUCGUCACGAACCUCUUCAUCGGCGUCCUCUGCGACAGCUUUAUGCGCGAAAACUACGGCGUCAUGGUCACGGACGAGCAACUCGACUGGAUCAAGCUCCAGCGCAAAGUGCUCACAAUGGCGCCCGUCGUGCGGUACCCGCCGCCGUCCGAGUCGACUUGGCGCCUUGCCUGCUACACUUUGGUCGAGCAGCCGGCGUUUGAGACGAGCGUCAUGGCUGCGAUUCUCCUCAACCUCUGCCUCAUGUCGAUGAGUUCGUUUGGCCAACCAGUGUGGGUCAAGACGACAUCGACCGUCGCCACCAACGUCCUCUCGGUCGCCUUUGCGUUGGAAGCCGCUCUCAAGAUUGCCGCUUUUGGGCCGCGCUACUUUGCCAGCAGCGCCCACCGCUUUGACUUGGCGGUCGUUCUCCUCGCACUCAUCGGGAUGGGGCUGCCCGACUCGGCGGGCAUGGGCACGAUCGCUACCGUCGUCCGCGUCUUCCGCGUCGGCCGAGUCUUGCGGCUGUUCCAAAAAGCAACUCUGCUCAAGAGCCUGUACGACACGAUUAUGGUGUCGCUGCCUGCGAUGGGCAACGUCACGGCGCUCCUCAUGCUGCUCUACUACAUCUUUGCGGCUGUCGGCGUCCAGCUGUUCGCCAAGGUAGCGUACGGUCCGAGCAUGGUCAACCCGCACCAGAAUUUCCAGAACUUCUGGCUCGCGCUCCAGACGCUCAUUGGAUUCUCGACGGGCGAGAACUGGAACAACUACCUCUGGGAACUCUACAACAUUGAGCCAAUUACCAAUCCCGACUGCAUCGAGCCGGCGUUCAACGCGUCUGUCUGCGGCUUUGGCGACGCGCUCAACUGCGUCCCCCUCGACGGCUGCGGGCCGUGGUACAUUGUGCCCUUCAUGUACCUCUUUGAACUUGUCGUGGGCUACAUUGGACUCAACCUCUUCUCGGGUAUCGUGGUCGAUGCGAUCGGUGACUCGUGUGCAAAGUCGGCGCUCUCGCCGAGCAAUUUAGCCGAAUUUACGGCCAUGUGGGCCGAGUACGACCCGAACGGGUCUGGUUUUGUCUCGAUCGACGACCUCUGCCGCCUCUUGAGCCGGCUGAGCCCACCCUUUGGCUUCAAGCUCGUCGAGACCAUGACAACCCGCAAGAUCUACCACGCCAUCGGGGGCCUCGACAUUCCCAUCUACGACGGGCGGCUCGUUCACUUUAAGGACGUCCCGCGUGCGCUCGUCCAGCGCUCGCUCAGUGAGGGCGACCGCAGUAAGUUUUAUGAAAUCGGCGCGCUCAUGGCCCGCCUCGGUAUCGCCAAGCAAUUCGACGACGUCUGGCAGCGUGGCCACAGCAAGGCGACGCUCCGCGACCUCCGCGCCCGCGCUGUGACGCCGAUCCAAGACUUUGUAGCGAUCUUGAUCAUUGCCAAGUUCCUCCGCCGUGUGCGGUACCGACAAGAGCGCCGGCGGCGGCUCUGUCGGCGGCUACUGCACAUCGAGCUAACGUCGCGCUGGGCGCGCCUCGAAGCCAAGUUUCAAUCGCCUCAUUCGGCGCCCCGCCAACUCCCGCCGUUGGAGCAUGCGCCGCCCCACCCCUACGUGUUAUAAACCACUUUAGUUGAGAAGCUAUUUUUGCUGCCAA